AUGUAGACAUGGUUAAAAAUCUUAUUUGGAAUUGCCACCUCUGCUGUGCUUGCUUUAUUGGUGAUGUGCAUUGCCUUACGUCCUUUGAGAGAUAAUAACUCUGAAGGAAAUAAUACAACAAGAGCACUUACACUGAAAGAUAUUUUAAAUGGGACAUUUUCUUAUUGGACAUAUUUUCCAACUUGGAUUUCAGGACAAGAGUACCUCCAUCAAUCUACAGAUAAUAACAUAGUAUUUUAUAAUAUUGAAACAGGAGAAUCAUAUACCAUUUUGAGUAAUACCACCAUGAAAAGUGUGAAUGCUUCAAAUUAUGGCUUAUCACCUGAUCGGCAAUUUGCAUAUCUAGAAAGUGAUUAUUCAAAGCUUUGGAGAUAUUCUUACACAGCAACAUAUCACAUCUAUGACCUUAGGAAUGGAGAUUUUGUAAGAAGAAAUGAGCUUCCCCGUCCGAUUCAGUAUAUUUGCUGGUCACCUAUUGGGAGUAAAUUAGCAUAUGUGUAUCAGAACAAUAUCUAUUUGAAACAAAGACCAGAAAACCCACCUUUCCAAAUAACAUAUAAUGGAAAAUAAAAUAAAAUAUUUAAUGGAAUCCCAGAAUGGGUUUAUGAAGAUAAGCUUAUUUAUUUUUCAGAGGAAAUGCUUGCUUCAAAAUAUGCUCUCUGGUGGUCUCCGAAUGGAAAAUUUUUGGCAUAUGCAGAGUUUAAUGAUACAGAAAUCCCAGUGAUUGCCUAUUCCUAUUAUGGUGAUGAGCAAUAUCCUAGGACAAUAAAUAUUCCAUACCCAAAGGCUGGAGCUAAGAAUCCUGUUGUUCGGAUAUUUAUUGUCGAUACCACUUACCCUGAGUAUGUAGGCCCCAUAGAAGUGCCAGUUCCAGCAAUGAUAGCCUCAAGUGAUUAUUAUUUCAGUUGGCUCACAUGGGUUACUGAUGAACGAAUAUGCUUGCAGUGGCUAAAAAGAAUUCAGAAUGUUUCAGUCUUAUCUAUAUGUGAUUUCAAUGAAGGCUGGCAGACAUGGAAUUGUCCAAAGACCCAGGAGCAUAUAGAAGAAAGCAGAACUGGAUGGGCUGGUGGAUUCUUUGUUUCAACACCAGUUUUCAGCUAUGAUUCCACUUCAUACUACAAAAUAUUUAGCGACAAGGAUGGCUACAAACAUAUUCACUAUAUCAAAGACACCGUGGAAAACGCUACUCAAAUUACAAGUGGCAAGUGGGAGGCCAUAAAUAUAUUCAGAAUAACACAGGAUUCACUGUUUUAUUCUAGCAAUGAAUUUGAAGGUGUCCCUGGAAGAAGAAAUAUCUACAGAAUUAGCAUUGGAAGCUAUCCUCCAAGCAAGAAGUGUAUUACCUGCCAUCUAAGGCAAGAAAGGUGCCAAUAUUACACAGCAAGUUUCAGUGACUACUCCAAGUACUAUGCACUCAUCUGCUAUGGCCCAGGCCUCCCCAUCUCCACCCUUCAUGAUGGCCGCACCGAUCAAGAAAUUAAAAUCCUGGAAGAAAACAAGGAAUUGGAAAACGCUUUGAAAAAUAUCCAGCUGCCUAAAGAGGAAAUAAAGAAACUUGAAGUGGAUGGAAUUACUUUAUGGUACAAGAUGGUUUUUCCUCCUCAAUUUGACAGAUCAAAGAAGUAUCCCUUGCUAAUUCAAGUGUAUGGCGGUCCCUGCAGUCAGAGUGUAAGGUCUGUAUUUGCUAUUAGUUGGAUAUCUUAUCUUGCAAGUAAGGAAGGAAUAGUCAUUGCCUUGGUGGAUGGUAGAGGAACAGCUUUCCAAGGUGACAAACACCUGCAUGCGGUGUAUCGAAAGCUGGGUGUGUAUGAAGUUGAGGACCAGAUCACAGCUGUCAGAAAAUUCAUAGAAAUGGGUUUCAUUGAUGAAAAAAGAAUAGCCAUAUGGGGCUGGUCCUACGGUGGUUAUGUUUCAUCACUGGCUCUUGCAUCCGGAACUGGUCUUUUCAAAUGUGGGAUAGCGGUAGCUCCAGUCUCCAGCUGGGAAUAUUAUGGAAGCCUAAAUUAUUCCUCACUUGCUUAUAUUGAACAGAAUCCAGAAAAGGAAACCCCCACCUUUUGGAAAUUUGUUAGCCUGAAAAGGUCACAGCAUUGCGUGGCUGCAGGAAUAAGGCGGCUUCUUCCUUUUGUGUUUCAGUGGUACUCUGACCAGAACCAUGGCAUAUCCGGCCUAUCCAUAAAGCACCUGUACACCCACAUGACCCACUUCCUGAAGCAAUGCUUCUCUUUGUCAGACUGAACACGGUGCCGAUACAAGCCUGUAUCACCAUCUGAACACGUCAGAUAAACGCCUCCGACUGUUUGCUUGUGUUACUCUUUAUGCUGUUAAGUGUUGGUAUAAACAAACAAGUGAAUGUUGUUCGAAAGACGGGCCAAAAAUUAGGUGGACUCGGGGGUUCAAUGGAAAUAUUGUUUACAUUUCUCUGUUACUCUGUGGAAGGAGAGGAAAGGGAGCCGGGCCUUUUGCUUCAGACAGAGUAUUGUAUCACCUGUUUGGGGGAAAAAUAAAGUCAGAAGUUCCGAUGCUA